AACUGAAGGAGAGGGGAGAGAAGAAGACAAGAUGGCGGAGUGAGUGAGUGGGCUGCUCGCUGCUCGGACUGUUGAGACCCUCGAAGUUAAUCGAAAAGGGGUUUUAAGGACUGGAAGGAGAACGAAAGCCACCGACAGAGACCAGUUCUGCCCCUCAUUUCGGAGGCGGUGUGGACCUUUUUUUUUUUCUUUCUCUCGAUGCUAACGUUAGCUAGCAUUAGCAUUGCCUAACAGUAGCUGGUCGCUCGAGGCCCUGGGCUCCGAUUCGGCUCUGGAUGUGGAUCCUUCGACACUGACUCGAUAUUUUGUCUUUCUUUGGGGGACUUUAACCGUAAGGUGGCGUUUGUGUGGCCGCUAAGGUGUGAUUUGUGGUGAAUCCCGCGGGGAAGAAGACGUCGAUCUAAAAGCCGUCGGCCGCUCGCUCGGACUUCCCAGCUUCGUUCUCCUCGAUCCCGACCGGAACAUACGGACUCCUGUAUGUUCUGCUGACGACCCGGCUCCUCCGCCACUUCCAGUUCUCAGUUCAUCGGGUGGAUUUCGCCAGUCGGCAGUCAUGGCGAGCAGCAGCGGCUCCAAAGCCGAGUUUAUAGUCGGUGGGAAAUACAAACUGGUGAGGAAGAUCGGAUCGGGGUCUUUCGGCGACAUUUACCUGGCGAUCAACAUCACAAACGGAGAGGAGGUAGCUGUUAAGUUGGAAUCGCAGAAAGCCAGACAUCCACAGUUGUUAUACGAAAGCAAGCUGUACAAAAUCCUACAAGGCGGAGUGGGGAUCCCGCACAUCAGGUGGUAUGGCCAAGAGAAGGACUACAACGUCCUAGUCAUGGACCUGCUGGGACCCAGUCUGGAGGACUUGUUUAACUUCUGCUCUCGCCGCUUCACCAUGAAGACGGUCCUCAUGCUGGCAGACCAGAUGAUCAGCAGAAUUGAGUAUGUACACACAAAGAACUUCAUCCACAGAGACAUCAAACCAGACAACUUUCUCAUGGGCAUUGGCCGUCACUGUAACAAGUGUUUAGACUCGUCAGUGGGGAAGAGGAAAAGAAGCUUGGCUGUUAGCUCUUCUCAGGACCCAUCUUUCUCAGGAUUAAACCAGUUGUUCCUUAUCGACUUCGGCUUGGCGAAGAAGUACCGAGACAACCGAACGCGGCAGCACAUCCCCUACAGAGAAGACAAAAACCUGACCGGCACGGCGCGCUACGCCUCCAUCAACGCACACCUGGGCAUCGAACAGAGUCGCCGUGACGACAUGGAGUCGCUAGGCUACGUGCUGAUGUACUUCAACAGAACCAGUCUGCCCUGGCAGGGGUUAAAGGCUGCCACAAAGAAACAGAAGUAUGAGAAAAUCUCGGAAAAGAAGAUGUCGACCCCUGUCGAGGUCCUGUGUAAGGGUUUCCCAGCAGAGUUCGCCAUGUACCUGAACUACUGCCGCGGACUGCGCUUCGAGGAGGCCCCGGACUACAUGUACCUGCGCCAGCUGUUUCGCAUCCUGUUCAGGACUCUAAACCACCAGUACGACUACACGUUCGACUGGACCAUGCUGAAACAGAAAGCCGCCCAGCAGGGGGCCUCCUCCGGGGGCCAGGGCCAGCAGGCACAAACCCCCACAGGCAAGCAAACUGACAAACCCAAGCCUAACAUGAAAGGUUUCUGAGAGCUCUCCGCCCCCGGCGGCGGCGGCAGCGGCGGCGAAGCGUUGGUGACCAGGGCCAACACACACCUCUCUUCCUGGACGAGCGACAAACAGAAAGUCUGUGUCUUUCCCUCCCUCACAACUAUCUAUGUAAUGGAAAUAUAUAGAUCUACACACACCUGUCAGCUGUGUCAUCUAUAUAUUCAUAUGUGUAUAUAUAAUGAAACUCUGCAGUCCUAAAGACUCUGUGUCCUUUAGGACGUGGAGGCUGUAGCCCCUCGCCUAAACCCCAGAUAAGCGUCUCCCCCAAUCAUCCAUCCAUGUCUCCACCCAGCAGCCCCCCCUCCCCCCCUCCCCCUCCCGUCGGUUCUCUUCUGUCCGCUUCCUGGGGAACGUGAAGUCGGCCUUCUGUUCUUCUCACGGUGGAAUCUCCCGGCAUCUCUCCCCCCUCACUCCUGAUUUCACUCCCUCCUUUUACAAGACAAAUGUUAAAACAUAUAAACCUGAAUCCUCUCCCUUUUUGUUUCUUGAAUAAUUGAAUGAUGCAACCCUGGGUGUUAUUUACUAAAAAAAUCAGAAAUGUUGAAUUUUUUUCUUGUUUUCUUUUUGUUUCCUAUGGUGGUUAGGAGUUCGCCUGUUGGCAGUAUACGCAGCUGAUGGCAGCAGUCAAUGGUAGAAUGAUACUCUGGCUCUCUCACUUUCUCUAGAGUUCCCAAUUAUUAAAUCUGUUGUCAAACCUAUGGUCUUCUCCAAAAAAUGCCAAUAAAAACAUGACAUAACUCUGAC